GUAAAUGUCAACAGAAACAAAUAUCGAUAGCUGAAAAAUCGAAUAUUGUUAGUGCAAGUGCACAAGUUAGCAAGUGCGGGUAGUUCCAAAAACUCGCGCGGCCAGAUGUUGAUGUCAACCAUAAUUAUGACAACUUUAGCCAGUUUUCUCCGAGAUCACGGGGACAACGCCGUCCUCGAAACGUCAGAGGUAAAUUUAAAAACUUUUCAUACGCGAUUAAGUCCCGUUUUGUUAAAUAAUAAUGAUUAAAAAUUGUAAAAAUUUAAAUCAGUGAUUCUAGUGUUAUUUUGUGAGCAGGGUCGAUAGUUAUUUGUAGUUUUUGUCGAUAUUUUUUUUGCAUUUACUUAAAUGGCGGAGGCAUAGAUUUAUUCAGUUUAAAGCAGUUCAAAUACCGACUAACAAGGUCUACAGUCUACAGCUCACCUACUGGCUUGUUUUUAUUUAUUAUUCAUAAUAGGUCUUUACUUAUAUUUUAAAUUUGCGUUGAAUUUUGUGUAUAUGCGUAAUUUUUCAUCGUCAAUUCUUACGUAUGAGUAUGGCAUAGAUGUUAGUCAAAGUUCGUUUUUUUUUUUAAUGCUAAAGCCUAGUAUAGGUACAGGUAAUUUGUCGAUACCCUUAUAGACGUACUAAUUAUACGCGGCAAAUUUUGUUGUAAUUCACACACAAAAAGUCCUAAUUACAAUCAAAUUUUCCGCGUCAUUAGUACGAGUGUGAAUUACAGUAUUGAUGUUCCCUUUUGAAUUGAAUUUAAUCUAAAAAAAUAUUGUUUAUCUUUAAAAGUGUGACAUUUUUGGACCACAACCUGCAUCACACCUACGCCCGCCUACGCUGGGCGGACUCCGCUUGGACCAACCCCAACCAGCGCGUAUAUAAGCAUCAACCCUCCACUGCUGAGGCCACUCUAGUCCCACCUGCGCGUCACUCGCGCCGUGUCCAGACGUGCUUAGUGAUUACGACAAACUAAGACAACAACAUGAGCAUCCCCAUGCAACUCCUCCUGGUAGUCGCAGCCUUCUGCGUCCUCUCCGACGGUGCGCCGGACACACGCAUCGCACGCGCCAAGCAGCAACGCCCCACCAGGGGCUUCAAGAACCUCGAGAUGAUGACGGCGAGGGGCUUCGGGAAACGCGGCAGGGUUUCUACUAGGAGUGAACGAGAUGUCAGUGGCCAAACCCCACCAGAGCGUACCUACCGCGCAACACCGACAUACAAGAGCCCAGCUCAGCAUUACGCAAGAGACUUUGGAAAAAGAACUCCAGAAAUGGAACAAGAAGACAGAGAAUCCGAAGAGCCCAGGCGCUUUAACCCCAAGAACUUAAUGAUGGUGGCUCGGAGCUUCGGCAAACGGAGUGAUGAGACCGCUGAGGAAGAAGAAGAAAAGAGACAAAGAAGAACGGAUUUCAAGCCUGAUAACAAAAUUAAUGUUGCCGUCGGCUACGGCAAGCGAAAAAUGCCGAACAAGCGAGUGUACGGUUUGGACAACUUCUGGGAGACGCUGGCCGCGCCGGAGAGGGAAGGGCAGGAGAUGGAAGACGACAAGCUUGAAAGCAUCCCAUUGGAUUGGUUCGUGAACGAGAUCGUAAACAACCCGGACUUCGCGCGAUCCGUGGUCCGCAAAUUCGUGGAUAUCAACCAGGACGGCGUGCUAUCAUCGGACGAACUCCUCAGGAACGUGUAAACGACAUUUAAGUUACUUGUUGUAGACUUUCGGAUUGUUUCCCGUUAUAUACAUUUGUACCAACACUAUGAAGAUGAUUUGAAAAAUACGACUUAAUUAAAAUGUUACGAUACUGUGAUAUCAAAUAAAACUUACUAAUUUUGGAAAAAAAUAGUGGUGAUUAUGUUUUUGUACUCUACUAUUGUAAUGUUUGUUUAAAAAAUGAGUAAUAUAUCUAAAAUGUAUUAUCAUUACUGUAAAUAGUUUCUAAAAUAAAUCGAUGGCAUAAGAAUGUGUCCAUAAAGUAAUUCCUUAUAUCUAUGUAGGAAGGUGUAGUACUAUAUGAAUGUGUGUCUUCAAAUUUCAUCAGAAAUCUAUACUGAAAAUAUAUAUUUAAUAUUUCGAGAUUUUCAAUGUGCGUCACCCUAGUGCGACCUCUGUACUUUUGAAGUUAGCUCCUAUUUAUGUUCUUGUUUGUCAUUUAAGGUUGAGACAAUAUGUAAGUGCUGUUCCAAUACAAUUAAUAUGAAAUAACUGUUUACCAUAAUACAUUUGUUUUGUAUUAGUAUUAUCUACCUUUAGGUUCUAAAUAGUAAUUUUAUUUUAGC